UGUUCCCGUGACAACGUGCUGAAGACGGUGGUGUUUCCUGUUCUCUACUCCCUCCUCUUCCUGUUGGGCCUGUCCCUCAACGGCCUGGCAGUGUGGGUGUUCUUCAGCAUCCCCAGCCGCUCCCACUUCAUCAUCUACCUCAAGAACAUUGUGGUGGCCGACGUCCUCAUGACCCUCACCUUCCCCUUCAAGGUGCUGUCUGACUCCAACAUGGCGUCCGUGGGUCUGCGUGUCUUUGUCUGCCGUGUCUCCUCUGUGCUCUUCUAUCUCACCAUGUACAUCAGCAUCCUCUUCUUCGGCCUCAUCAGCAUCGACCGCUGCAGGAAGACCCUCCAGCCCUUCAAGGUGACCAACAUGGCCCAUCUGACCCACAGAAAGCUGCUCUCUGUGGCUAUCUGGGCCUCCCUGCUGACCCUCUCCCUGCCCAACAUGAUCCUGACCAGCCACAGCCCCACCUCGGCCUACUUCAAGUGCAGCGUUCUUAAAACGGAGGCUGGGCUGCUCUGGCAUGAGGUGGUCAACUAUGUGUGCCAGAUAAUCUUCUGGGGGAACUUGGUGACAGUGAUAGUGUGUUACACACUCAUCACCAAAGAACUGUACAGUUCAUACGCCCGCACCAGGGCAUGCCGUUCUACUGGAGCCAUACACGACGCUGGUACUGGCGUGGGUAAUGUUGGAGGGCAGCGCCAGCCCCGGAGGAAGAGUGUGAGUUCAAACGUCUUCCUGGUGCUGGCUGUGUUCUUUGUGUGCUUCGUGCCGUUCCACUUCUCCCGCGUACCGUACACCCUGAGCCAGACGAGGGUACACCUGUUUGACUGCAACCUCAAGCUGUUGUUCUUCCAGCUGAAAGAGAGUACACUCUGGCUGUCCUCCCUCAACUCCCUCCUGGACCCUCUCAUCUACUUCUUCCUCUGUAAGUCCUUCAGAACCACCCUGUUCAAGACCCUCCGUCUCCCACCUGGGACCUGCAGUUGGCUCACUGGGAGAGGGUCCGAUCCCAACACAGCAGAGGAUCAGACACAAACACAGGAGACUCCCCUGGGAGACACAUCUAUUAUGUAAUCUAUCUGGAUUUAGGUAAUAGGUAACUAAAACUCUAUGUUCUAUCUAUGUAUCGUGAAGAUCUGAUGAAUGUUUCACAGAGGAUCAUACUGCCCUCUCCUGGAAGGUUGACUAAACUGAACUGUGUGUUCAUUAAAAUACCUGGGCAAUGGGAACAAUCAAUGUAAACUUCCAAUGAGAAACAAUAUUUUAGCCAGUGAUGAUUAUGAUAAUAUGCAGAGCAGCUGUUCCAGUACAGCAAUAGCUCUAUGUUUGUUACACCAGUCUGAUACACCAGUCUGAUAUACCAGUCUGUUACACCAGUCUGAUACACCAGUUUGAUACACCAGUCUGUUACACCAGUCUGAUACACCAGUCUGAUAUACCAGUCUGUUACACCAGUCUGAUACACCAGUUUGAUACACCAGUCUGUUACACCAGUCUGAUACACCAGUCUGUUACACCAGUCUGAUACACCAGUCUCUUACACCAGUCUGAUACACCAGUCUGUUACACCAGUCUGUUACACCAGUCUGUUACACCAGUCUGUUACACCAGUCUGAUACACCAGUCUGAUACACCAGUCUGAUACACCAGUCUGAUACACCAGUCUGAUACACCAGUCUGAUAUACCAGUCUGUAACAGUUAGUAGAAUGUUAUAACACCCUCUAAACAUCACCGUAACCUCAUGCCAACAAACUCACCUCGGGUCUCGCUGUCUUUCUCGUAACAGCUUAGUUCCCUACACUGGCAUUCUGCAUUGACUUCAUCAACUGUUUUGGCCUAGGAACUGAAAUAAGAGACAUACGUACUUCCCCUGUAAUUAUGUAUAACCAUGGCACAGUGCUUAUGCCUGUCAUGUACAGGAUAGAGUCAGCAAAACGUUCUUUAAAGCAUAAAAAUGUGACAGGUGAUUGUUUUUUUCUAUUCUAUUAAAUUAGUCAUGUAUAUAAAAACCAUUCUUCAACACAUCAAUACGAUAUCUAAGGGAUAAAUCUCCUGAUUUCAGACGAUUAACUGAAAGCUAGCCGUUCUGUAUAUCAGACAUUAUACAACCUAUUUAACAGAUGGUCUAUGGGGAGGUGAGAGGGUGCAGCCUGUUGCUGCAGGGGCGGAUUGGCCAUCUGGCAAUUUUGGCAAAUGCCAGAUGGGGUGGACAAUUUUUGUUGUUGGGUGUGCUGGUAGAAAUUGACACAAGCACAAAAAAUAAUAUAUAUACAUGGCCAGCGGCCCAUGGGCCUGAUAAGAUAUAUAUAUAUUUAUUUUUGUACAUUUCUGUUUUAUACUAAUCUACAGGUAACUAUCCAAAUGAUGGAAACACUUGAGUACAUGAGGGAUACAAAUUAUAUUAAAAGCCGGUGCUUCCACACAGGUGUAGUUCUUGAGUUAACUAAGCAAUUUGUUUCCGAUCAUGCUGGGCAGGCGAUUAUUUUGGCAAUUAUUUUGGCUACCAUGGGAAUGACGCAAUAAGAUGACCAAUGUCAUCAUGCAUAGGGAACAAGUGGUCACUGAAUGGUUUGAUGAGAAUGAAAACUAUUUCAACCAUAUACCAUGGCCGUCUCAGUCACCGGAUCUCAACCCAAUUGAACACUUCUGGAGCAGCGUUUCCAACCAUCAUCAACAAAACACCAAAUGAUGGAAUCCCUUGUGA